CUAACUAGCAAAUCAUUAUUUUAUCAAUGCAGAAUAAUCCUAAGUAAAUACAAAUACAGUUAGGAUUGUUCUGCAUUUUCAAUAACAAUGCGCGCCAACAUUAUUUUUGUUAUCUUUUAUUUACAUAGGAUAAUUCAACGGCUAUCGGUUAGUCAUUUCCAUCGUCUUGUUGGAUAUUCACGUUUGUUCUUUUGUCAAAUCGAGUUGCAGUGAGUGUGAAUUUUAACAACAAUAAUGAAACGAGGUGCGUUAAUGGUAAAAAUGGCCAUGUCUAUGAAUCCAACACAACAUGAGAAUUCUGGAGAAUCAAAGUAAUGAUACGGCAGGUAGUCCCAUAUCUAUAGCUACGGUAGAAAGCCCUUCCACAUUGUAUACUAACCAGCAGUACUACAGAGAUCUAGGUGAAUUAAGAUCUCUACACUCUCCCGUACACCAAGAACAACAGUAUUGCCAGCUCGAGACACCGAUAGAACAGCAGUUUUCCCAACAUUAUAAUCAAUAUUACGACUUACCAAUACCUACCUCCGUAGGCCUACUAGUACCUGAAGCAGAGCAGUAUCGCCAAUUUCCGAAUAAUUAUUUGGGUUAUUGUUCACCUCUAGAUAACGUCAUAGAUCUUCAAACAUCCACAGAACAACCACGGUUUCAGCAACGUGAUGAAGCUAAAGAUUCCCAUAAUCCUACACCUAGCGUUGUAAACCUUGCAACACCUGUCCUUCAAGAGCAAGUCCUUCAGCACCAAGAUGAUAUUACGCGUCCAUCCACAUCUACCGGUAAGCUUUUACCGACCAUCUCACAACAAACUGAUGAAAAUAGUGACCCAUAUGCUACAUAUGGAAGCUCAGAUGUUGAUUUUAAUCCAAAUGAUUUUGAUUCUUCAAGUUCUUCGGAUGAAGAAGGUGAUCAUCAUAGUUCAAUUGUAAACCAGCAGGAUGCCCUAGUGUCUGAGGAAAAAAUACCAGAUAUCACCAAGUCUCGUAAGCGAAAAAGAAACCCAGAUAAUUGGAGGAGAAAUAGAAUAAAGAAAUUACGAAACUCCGGCAAGGCCUAUGUAAAUUGGAAGUCUAAACAGGUUUCAGAAAGGAUUAUGAAACCGCCAUGUCCCAUAACAUGCAGACUUAAAUGUCAGACGAAAUUUCAGGAAAAACAUCGUGUCCAGAUUUUUCAAGAUUUUUGGAAAUUGGGAGAUAUUAAUUAUCAGAGAGAAUUUGUUUUGCGGAACUUAACUGUGAAGCCUACAAAACACCCCAGAAAAAAGAAGGAUGCAGUUGAGCUUCCAGAAAGUGACACUUGUGAAAGUCGUAUAAAGCUGUCGUAUUUUUAUACUUUUCCACAAGAGAAUUGUCCAGUCAACAGAAUCAAGGUAUGCCAAACAUUUUUCUUAAAUACCCUGGGAAUAAGUCAUCAAAUCGUCAAAACAGUAGUUAAAAAAACUCAUCAUUCAAAUUCAAUAUCGCCAGAAGCAGAUUUACGAGGUAAAGUACAUACAAUGUAAUUCUUGAUUGCC